GUUGAUCUGUCAAUCCAGUUCAACCCUGUUCAACCGAACUCCCAUCAACAACUCGUUUCGGCACCCAUCCGAAUCCUCCGAGAUCGGAGAUGUCCUACACCACCCAGAAAGAAUUCUUCAACGUGCCCUUCCGGAACGAGGAACCACGGCUUCCGGAGCGAAAGCGUAGCGAUGGCGCCCUCAUGACGUACGACCUCUGCACCGACGGCCGUGCGUGGGCCCUGGACAAACAGAAGCGCUCCAACUACAUCCUGGACGUGGUCCACAAGGCACGGUUCAAAAAGGCGAUGCUUCAUCCGGAAGGUCAGUUCGAACUCACCAAGGACUACCUGAUCCAUCUGGACGUGGACGAUCUGGCGGAAUACAUCCUAAGCCUUCAGGGGGAGAUCAAACGGAAGAACGACUCCGUUCAACAGUUGGAGGAAUCCCGGAAGACCUUGGAUCAACAGCUGGAAGCAGUGCAGGCAAAGUCCGAUGAACUGUACGAGCUUCAACAGCAGUCGGCAAUGCUGGCUGAGGAACGCAACGAUUUCGAGCAACAGCUGGAAGAGCUGGAGAUGGUGAUUGUGGAUCUGAAGGAACGUGCCGAUCGGUACAAUCUCCUCGCCAAGGAGAACACUCUGCUACGCGAUCAGCUGCAAAAUCAGCAAAUGGAAGCCGCGAACCGGAUACGGCUGAUCAACGCCGAAGUGGAAGCAAACUACAACCGGAUGCGAGCCGAGGACUACGACAAGCUGGAAGCGGAGUUGGUGCUGUUCAAGGCGCAGUACCAAGAUCUUCGGCAGCAAAAGCGAGACUUGAAGGAACAACUGCAGCGGGCCGUCGUGCAGCAAUCGAAGGUGACCGGCUUGAAGCGACAGUUGGCGCUGGAGCAAGCUCACCGGGAAAGGGUCGAGGAUGAGCUGGAACAUCUGCUAUCGCUCUACGAUCAACGGUUUCAAGCAGCACUGGACGAGCGGUCUCUGCCGGCUCUUGAAGACUAUAACCGACAGAACACGGAGCGGUGGGUUGAGAACCGUGUGCUCUCAACAGCCGAAGAAGAACCAAGAACGCGAAUGUCGUCGUACCAAAGCGAAUCGGCCAGACCGGAGACGGCAGUGGUGCAGGUUGUGGAGAGCUGUGAUAACUGUGCAACGUUGCAACAACAGCUGGACACACUUCAGCUGGUUCACAGUGAAGAACAGCAAGAACGGGAAAGGGAAAACCAAGCAAUGCAGGAACAAUACAAUUUGCUGAGAAAUGAUCUGGAUUUGGCCGAACAAGCAAAGCACGAGGAGAUUAAAAAACGAGAAGAAAUACAAAAGCAGCAUUUGCCGCAGAUCAACGCGGAACAAACGCAAAGCAAGGAACAACCGUCAGCGCUCGCCACCGCAGAGAUCGAAGCUCUGAAGAAGACCAACGACGAACUGCAGAAAGAAAUAGCACGCUUGUUAGAAGCACGCAUUGGAACCCAAGAUGUUACGGCAACGGCUGCCGAAAGUCAGGCGGAGAUGCUCAAAACUAUUGAGAACCUUCGUUUGGAGUUGCAGCAUGCCAAUGGAGCGGUGAAAGAGAAAGAAGAUGCAUUCAGGAAAAUGGAGAUGGAAGUGGAAAAGGCGAGAUCGAUGCAACAGCUCGGAGCAGCCGAGAGUGCAGCCGUUGCCAUGCAAGAAACGGAGCAGCUUAGAAAGAGAAACGAAGAGCUAGAAAACAAGCUUAAGCAGUGUGAAAGCCAGAUGGAGGAGCGAAAGCGUGAGGUGAAAGAGCUGAACCGUUGUAUUGCUGAUGAGAAGCAAGCCAAGGAAUCGCUGUUAUUGGCGGCUGCCCCCAGUGGCGAUCGUGAUGAUGCUAAAAAGUAUGAGGAACAGCAAUCGGAGUUGAUGAAGACGAUAGAGAAUCUUCGCUCGGAGUUGCAGAUUAGCAAUGACAUAGUGAAAGAGAAGCAGGAUGCCAUGAGACAGAUGGAGCUGGAAAUGCAAACGAUACAAUCAGCGCAACAGUUGGGAGACGAGGAAACUGCAGCGGCAGCCGUGCAGCAAACACAGCUUAUGAGCAGGAAAAUAGAAGAACUUGAAGCCAAACUGAAGGAAUGUAACACGGUACUUGAUGAGCGAAAGCGCAGUGAUGUGACUCGGGAAGGCAGCGAUGCUGCUGAUGAUGCGAAUCAAGACAAGGACCGCUCAGAGAUUUCCGUCGAAGAGUCUGAACCGGAAAAAAGUGCCGAAGGCGACAUAUUAGAUGAGGUAGAAACACCAACGGAGGAUGAAGAGUCUACCAAAGGUGGCGAAGAGUAUGAAGAAGUCAUUGCAGAAGCACAACAGGAGACUGUUACUGCAGUUGAAGUUGCUGAACAACGUGCGAGCUUGAAGUUUGCAACUAAUGAAGAUGAAGAACUGGCCAAGAUGGAUCAUAAAGGUGAUGGCGAUGACGAAGCAGCUUCGGUAGGAGAUGAAGUUCACGACCAACAAGCGCUCACCGAUAGUGAUACUGUAACAGGAGAAGAAGGAGAUGGGGAUCACGACCGAGAAGAGGUGGUUGAACCUGACGACACCGAAGCUAUCGAGGAUAGUAAGAAGAAAGACUUGCGCGUAGGGGGAACACCGAGUUUAGAUAGUCUAAGUCAAGAGCAGAGAACGCUACUGGAUCAACAUGGGUUCCUGGACGAUGAUGAUAUCAUCAGACUCGGAACUUCCGAUCCAGAUAAGACCAGGAUGAUCGCUUUGAAAAUUGUGCAUCAUGGAAUCGGUGUGUUGCUUAUCGCCGAUUUGCAUCAUCUACAUGGGGAAAUCUGUCGAGCGGUUAUCGAGAGGUACAUAAAACUAGGGGACAACGUGAGAACGGUCGACAGAACCAUGUACGAAUGUCAUGAGAUUUUGGAUACGGUGAAAAAGAUGAGUAACAGUGAGAUGAACAGUAUGUUGGCAGCACCGGUUACUCAGAUCCCAGUCAGGAAUCCAAUGCUGCUAGAUGAAGAAAUUCCGGUUCGAUUACCAGCGCCCAAGCCGAAAUCGCGACCAAAGUCCACUAGUUUUAGCCCAGUGGGUUCAAAUAGUAUGAAACUGAAUCCGAGUUCCAGCCGAGUUCUGGUUGGAGAUUACAAGGAAGACCGCAAGGACUUGUUUAAGUCAACUCCCAAGAAACAAUGGAAAGCCGUCGGGGAAAAUGGCGACAUGUGCAGAAUACGUCCUUGGAGAGCCCCUAAAACCCCAGCUGAAACGAUCGUAGCCAGCACGUUGAUGGACGGAUCUCGCGUCGUUGUACGACAGAAGCGACAUUUGUAGUCAUCUUUUGUCCUAUUGGUGUUUGGUAUGUAGAAAACUAAAAUUCUAAAUUGAACGGAUUUUCUCUUGACAUUCUUAUAAAAUUGUUGUAUUUUUUGAUGUUAUAACAAUAAACCUAUCCAGUUAAACCAAGA